GGUCACUCGCUCUCCACCCGGACGCUCUCCCAUCCCUCCUUCUACCCCUACUACGUGGCUUUGUCUUGCUCCGCACCAGGGACCCAUCCAGUGCCCCACGGGGACCGGCCCCAGGGCUCUGGCCUGCAGGGGGGCCCAGCCACUGGAUCAGGUCUCCUGCUUCCCAUUAGUUCCAGUGAAUUCUUCUACACGGAUCCCCUGAUGCCCCCAGGGCACCGGGUCUACAACUACCUCUCCCACCCCUCCCAGCAGGUCUGUCAGAGUCUCCGUCUCAGCACCCCAGACCCCAUCAUGUCGGUCCGUGAGGCCUCUCCUCCUCCCUGCCCGCUGCCCCCCAGGGGCAUGAAGUGGCUCUCGCAGGCAGAGUACAAUGCGGUCAGUGCCCUACUGGAGCUGCCGUAUGAGGAGCCGGCCUGCAGCCCCGGGGAGAGCUCGCCCGGAACCCAACUCCUCCUGUCAGCCGUGGAACCGGAGUAUGGCCGGGUG